AUGAGCUCUGAUCUUCCUCCCCCGUCCUACAACGACGUCGUCUCGUCCGUCGACCGCCAACCGCCCUUUCCACGCCCAGACUCCAUCCAAAUCCACCACAUCAUCGUCGGGCCCGGCGCCACCUCCCUCUCUCUCCCCUUCCCGGACCCAGCCGACGUAUGGAAGACCCGCGACAUAUCCGUCCAGGAUUGGGCCGCCUUUGCCUCCAUUAUCACCGCGGCGCUCGACAGAAACGUUGACGUUAACGACAAGAGGCAAUUGUCAAAUGCAGGCGAGCACGAGAAGAAGCGCCUUAUGGAAAUCGUCGAGGGAUGGAACGGCGGCUUUUUUGAGAAGCGCGGCCUCAAGGUUGUGCUUAAUGGGCAGGAUGAUGAUGCCGCCACUGCCGCUGUCUCUUCUACUGACGGCUCGCGGUUCAGCUUUGGUCCCACGAAGUAUGGGGUCCGGCUUGGUGGGGGGAUGUUUGGUGUGGAUUUGUCGUCUAAGAAAUCUUCUUCUGAGAAAUAA